AUUAUCAUAAAGCAAAGCAAACACACAUCUUCAUUCCUCAAACACAUCUCUCCCAUUCCCUCUCUCUCCUCUUUCUCUCUCUACAUUUCCACUUAUAAAACCUCACACCUCAUUCCUUUAUUCCCGCUUCCCCUCUCUCUCUCUCUCUACAACCAUGCAUUCACCAACGUACGGAUCCGACCCGACAGCACAACCAAACACAACCUUCGUACAAGCCGACCCAUCCAACUUCCGAUCAGUCGUUCAAAAACUAACCGGAGCAUCCCAAGACCCAUCAGCCCAAAAACUUCCACUCACACUCCCAUCUCGUCUAACCCAAGCCCAAGCCCACCGUCUACCACCAUCCACCACCACUUCCGAACAACCAAUGGGCCCAAAAAAACCAAACUUCAAACUCCACGAACGCCGCUCCAAAAAACUUCAACUAACCGUUUCGGAAACUCCCACGAUGUUCCAAAACAACAACAUGAUGAUGAUGUUGAUGAACAACAACAACAAUAACAACAUUCGAAGUGUUGUUAUGGCUUCACCUGUUUCUCCAUUAGAAUACUACAUGGCGCAUGGAAAUAGUCCAAAGUCACCCUAUGAAGAAGAUGAAGAAAAAGAAGAAGAAAAAGUGAUAGCUCAAAAAGGUUUCUAUUUGCACCCCUCUCCUAGAUCCUCUCAACAACCACCUCAACUCUUACCUCUUUUUCCUUUGCAUUCUCCUUCUUCUCAAUCUCAUUCUUAAUUAAUAAUUAAUUAUUUUUAUUUUAUUUUUUUGAGAGAGUUGAUUGUUUUUUUAUUUUUGUAAUAUUAUUAAUUAAUUACUAAUUAGUAGUAGUAACUAUUAUUAACUUUGUUAGAUUGGAUUUUAUAUUUUUAAAAUUUAAUGUAUUGCGUGUGUCAGUGUGUGUAUCUGUAAUGUGGAAUGUGAAUAAAUACUGUUGUUUGUUAUGUUUGAUUCUGCGUUGAAAAGUUUGGUUUGGUUUUA